AAUAAUAAACACCAGCUCAUCAUCAUCAUCAGGUCAGGGCCAUCACCAAACCAUAAAGCUGGUGUAGCAGCAGGUACUGCGAUUUGCUGUUGGCUGCCACCCCAAUAAUCUGAAGUUCCCAAAAAGAAUUCCAGUCUCAUCCAGAAAAGAAAGCUGCUUGUUCUUGGGGUUAAAUUUUGUGGGUCGGUUCAGUUAUUUGUUUUGCGGUGAAAAAUAUUGAAUCUUGAAAAUAGAAGAAAAAUGAAAUCUGGAAAGAGCCAUCAAGAAGAGGAAGAAGAGGAGGAUGAAGAAUUUGGUACCAAGAAUCAUGCCACACCGUCCAAUAAUAAUACCAAAGAUGGGAAGAACAGUGACAAAGCUAAUGCUAUGAGGUCAAAGCAUUCGGUCACGGAGCAGCGCCGAAGGAGCAAGAUAAAUGAAAGAUUUCAAAUAUUAAGAGAACUGAUCCCCCGCAGUGAUCAGAAGCGAGAUACUGCAUCAUUUUUAUUAGAGGUUAUUCAGUAUGUACAAUUUCUACAGGAAAAGGUACAAAAGUAUGAAGUCAUAUCAACCGUGGAGUUCAGAGCCCACAAAACUGAUGCCAUGGAGAAACAGUCAUUGGCGUGUUCAGAGCUUUGCUGGUCAGCCGCAAACCACGAAGGUGGUUCUGAUCCUGGUUCAACAUUUCCUGGCAGGUUCAAUGAAAAUAAUGUUGCAACCCCUGCAGCCAUGCAACAACUGAGCCAACAGAAUCCUAUCGAGUCUGAUCCUGUUAGGGAUACUUCUUGUCAAUCAAUUGAUCCACAAACUGAGCUUCCAAACAAAGCAAUGGGCUUGUCCAUGCCUCUACCAGCAAGCUUGCCAGUUUCCAAUGCCAAUGAGGGUGCAUUUUCACACUCGUUACCCAGGCCAUCCACUUCAGAUGCACAGUCGACUGAAUAUCCUACUACUGCUCAUGCCCUGAACUGCCAGGACGAGCUAAGUAUCGAGGGAGGAACAAUCAGCAUCUCUAGUGUUUACUCCGAAGGGUUAAUGAAUUCAUUGACACAAGCUCUUCAAAGCACUGGCGUCGAUCUGUCUCAAGCCACCAUUUCCGUCCAGAUCAAUCUUGGAAAACGAGCAAAUAGAGGAGCAACUCCCGGCAUAGCAAUUGCCAAGGACCAUGAUAUUCCCAUGCCGUCUAGAAACCAACAUGUCGGGCCCUUUCAAGAUCCAAGCAACAGUGAUGACUUAGAUCCAGCUCGGAAGAGGCUGAAGACUUGAAAAAUAAGGUUCAUUUGCACCUAGUUAAUAAUUGCUUGUAUAUUGCUAUACUUCUUGAGAAAUUCGGUUCUUGGUACGCCAGUGUCAAUUCAUGUUCUUACAUAUAUAACAUCCUCCUUUGACAGUCCGCUCGGUGGACAUACGCAGUCCGUCAGAUGGCUGCUCGUUAAAUCUAGCACCAGAGUUUCUGUUAGCUGAUAUUUUUAUGAUAUUCUCUCAUUUUCUGAUUGCUUUUUCA